AUGGAUCCUAUCAAGUAUAUUUUUGAAAAGCCUGCCCUCACUGAAAGAAUAGCUAGAUGGCAGAUGCUACUAUCGGAGUACGACAUUGUAUAUGUUACUCAGAAAUCUAUCAAGGGUAGCGCUUUAGCGGAAUAUUUAGCCCAUCAACCCAUUAGUGAUUAUCAGCCAAUGCAACCUGAGUUUCCUGAUGAGGAUAUCAUGGCUUUAUUUGUUGAAAACAAAGAAGACAAAAAUGAAAAAGCAUGGACGGUAUUAUUUGAUGGAGCCUCGAAUGUAAUGGGACAUGGAAUAGGGGCAGUACUUAUCUUUCCUGAGAAUCAAUACAUACCAAUGACUGCAAGGUUGUGUUUUAAUUGCACAAAUAACAUCGCAGAAUAUGAAGCUUGUGCUAUGGGUAUUCGAGCAGCAAUAGAGUCUAAAGCAAAAAUUCUGAAUGUAUAUAGAGACUCAGCUUUGGUCAUCCAUCAGUUGAAGGGAGAAUGGGAGACUAGGGAUACAAAAUUAAUUCCAUACCAAGCUUACAUCAGGGGGUUAAUUGAAUAUUUCGAUUCCAUCACGUUUAAUCAUAUACCACGAGAAGAUAAUCAAUUAGCAUACGCGUUGGCUACUUUGUCAUCGAUGUUUGAAGUUGAUCAAGAUGCAGAAUUGCCAAUGAUUGAAAUGAAGAGUCGUGCAGAACCUGCAUAUUGUCAUUUUAUCGAGGAGGAAGUAGAUGGUAAACCUUGGUACUUUGAUAUCAAGCAUUAUCUUAAGACUCGAGAAUAUCCAGAGAAGGCAUCUGAAAACGAUAAAAGGGCGUUAAGGAGGUUGGCUGGCGGUUUCAUGUUAAGUGGGGAUAUUUUAUAUAAGAGAAAUCAUGACCUGGUCCUUCUCAGAUGUGUGGACGCAAAAGAAGCCGAGUUGGUAUUAAAAGAAGUGCACGAGGGUACGUUUGGCACGCACAUGAAUGGGCAUUCAAUGGCCAGGAAAAUACUGAGGGCGGGAUAUUUCUGGUUGACUAUGGAAAAUGAUUGUUGUACACAUGUGAGAAAAUGUGAGAAAUGCCAGGUGUACGCAGAUAAUAUCAAUGUGCCGCCUACGACCUUGAACGUGUUGUCUGCACCAUGGCCUUUUUCGAUGUGGGGAAUCGAUGUCAUCGGAGCUAUAGAGCCAAAGGCGGUGCUAACACCUUCCCUCUCGUAA